UGACUUCAAUCUCGUAAUAUUGCGCCUUUGAUCUCGUAGUACUAUGACUAGUCUUGUGAUGUCGACCUUUUUUUUUCUAACGCUCUGUCGUAGAUGUGUGUCUUAAAGAAACGGAUCAUGCCAAGCAAAUGGAUGUCACUGUCCAAACGUUUGCGCGUGAAGAGCACAUCUGGCUGUUUUGGAGUGGGAGAGGAGCGGAGGUGAGCAGAGAGGCGCGCGGCAGGAGGAGGAGGAGGAGGAGGCUCCGCAUGAUCAUUCGCAUGCAGGGAAAGUGAGAGCAGCCAGGUCUCAUUGGAGGAGCCGAAGGGCGCGGAGUAGGAAGGCAGCCGGAGCCGACGGACCUCCUCUUCUCUGUCGUCCCCGCACUGAGGAGGGACUCUGUGGAGGGGGAGGCGCCGCGCGCAGCCUCGGCCGGCUCAGUCCAACAAUUAACCUUGAUGAUCGCAGAUUGGCUCCGUCAUGAGGCGCAGGUGCGGACACUUUGCCAUCCGGCGCAGCUGAGCGUCUGGACACUGACGCAUUCCCUCCUCUUUCCGCGGGACGAGAUGCACGUUGGGAUGGACGCCGGGACUCCGUCGAGAUCCCUGAUCUGAUCCCCCCUCCACCCCCGCCUCCGGACCGCUCGUUGUUCUCCCUCUUGUUGUUUGUUUGGUUUUUUUUUUCGGGUCGUGCGGACGGCGUGAAAUGUGCCCCUCAUCCCGGCUGCGUGUCGCGUAAGAGGCAGUUUCUUUCUCAAGGACGCGAUCUGUGCGAGAGACACAGCGACAUGGAGCAGGAGGACACGAGCGCGGCGCCCAAGAAGAGGAGCCUCUUGUCCAAGAUGUUCAAAGUUCGCAAGAGGAGGGAGAUGCUUCUGGUCCAGGUGUGCUUCAUCUGCAGUGUCCUCUUCGUGGUGUGGAGCAUGUCGGCGCUGCUGACCAGGACAGGUCACGGGAUGACGGUGGGGAACCAUCCGGACGUGGAACCCUGGGGACGACGGCUGAUGGCCUUGGUGUCCGAGAACGAAACGGAGCCCAAGAACUGUUCUGAGCCAGCAAUACACGAGUUCCCCGAUGACCUUUUCUCCAACAAGGAGCGCAAGAGUGGAGCCAUUCUGCUGCACAUCGUGGCCACCCUCUACAUGUUCCUGGCCCUCGCCAUCACCUGCGACGAGUACUUUGUGACGUCGCUGGAGAAGAUCUGCGAGAAACUGGACCUCAGCGAGGACGUUGCCGGCGCCACCUUCAUGGCCGCAGGCAGUUCUGCGCCAGAGCUGUUCGCAUCAGUCAUCGGCGUCUUCAUCACACAUGGAGAUGUGGGAGUGGGCACCAUCGUGGGCUCCGCCGUCUUCAACAUCCUCUGCAUCAUCGGAGUGUGUGGGAUCUUCGCCGGGCAGGUGGUGAUGCUGACCUGGUGGGCCGUCUUUCGGGACUCCUUCUACUACAUCCUGUCAGUCGUGGCUCUCAUUGCAUUCAUUUAUGAUGAAAAGAUAGUUUGGUGGGAGAGUCUGGUGCUGGUGGUCAUGUACGCAGGCUACAUCCUGGUCAUGAAAUUCAACUCCAGCAUGCAGAGAUUUUUCACCGGCAAGUCGAAAAAGAACGUUGCCAAUGGCAACGCGGCGGCCAGCAGUGAGAUGGAGGACGGUAAUAGUAGUUAUGACUAUGUUUGGAGUGACGACCCGUCAUGGCCGUUGCUGUCCACAGUCAAGCCCACGAAGGCGUACAGCCGCGGCUCGGUGGUGAUGGUGGACGAGAUCAUGAACGCCAGCCCCUCCAAGUUCCGCUUCCCGGAGGCCGGCCUGCGGGUGAUGGUGACCAGCCACUUCGGACCCAAGACCCGCCUGCGCAUGGCCAGCCGCCUCAUCAUCACAGAGCGUCAGAAGUUGGUUCAAUCUGCCAACGGCGUGGAGACACAAGUGGUGGACGGGAAGGUGGACAUCGAGAACGGCAACGUCCCCGAGGACAAACCCAAGGAGGCGGAGGAGAACGACACCAUAUCUCCAUUCCAUAUCCCAAGUGGCGCUAGCAGCAAGCUGAAGUGGCUGAUUUCGUGGCCGCUGCUCCUGCUGCUGUUCCUCACUGUCCCCAACUGUGCCAAACCGCGCUGGGAGAAAUUCUUCAUGCUGUCCUUCAUCCUCUCCACCGUCUGGAUCGCUGUCUUCUCCUACCUGAUGGUCUGGAUGGUGACCAUCAUCGGAUACACUCUGGGAAUCCCUGAUGUCAUCAUGGGCAUCACGUUCCUGGCGGCCGGCACCAGCGUCCCAGACUGCAUCGCCAGUCUCAUCGUGGCCCGACAAGGCUUGGGCGACAUGGCCGUGUCCAACACCAUCGGCAGCAACGUCUUCGAUAUCCUGGUGGGUCUGGGGGUCCCCUGGGCCAUACAGACCAUGUGCGUCAGCUACGGCUCCGAGGUGAUGAUCAACAGCCGGGGACUCGUGUACUCGGUGGUGCUCCUGCUGGGCUCCGUGGCUCUCACCGUUUUGGGCAUCCACCUGAACAAGUGGAGGCUGGACGUGAAGCUGGGCGUCUACGUGCUGGUGCUCUACGCCGUCUUCCUCUGCUUCUCCGUCAUGAUCGAGUACAACGUCUUCACCUUCGUCAACCUGCCCAUGUGCAUCGAGGAGUAGAGCUCCAGAACCAAAAGGUCCUCUGGAUCCGACCGGACCUAGCUGCAGACCCUGCUUCCCCCCCGCCCCUCCCGGCCCCGCCCUCUUCUCAGUUCCGGCCGGCGGCUCCAGGAGCGCUGGGCCCCGCGUCUCUGAUCUGUCACACGGUGCUGGUCCCGUCUGCUCAGAUGUUUGGGGGUCACUGCAGCCAAGAUGUUUCUCUUCCCAUCUCGCAUGCCUUUAGAUGUCGGGACUCUCCGGAAGCUCCCGCUUUUGAUUGUCGGUGUUUUCAGUGUGUCACGUUGUAGAUUUAUCCGCGCACCAUUCCAAAGCAAACCAGUGUAGAGAUUAAAAAAACAAAAACGACAAAAAAGCCAAAACCAUUCCUGCACUCCUGUCCCUGGAAUACGCCCCCUGGAGGAGGGCCACGUCCACGGCAGCUCCCCUUCUCCCGGCAUGGAACACAGGUUUCUCUCAUCUGCUUGAACCUUUUCUCAAGGUUUUUGGUCAGGAUGUACAAAAGGGUGCGAAGCGUCCGCAGCCCUGCACAACGUCUGCCCUUCUUUUCUAUCUCCUCGGGAGGUUUUUGUCUACGGAACAGCUUGUUGCAAAAAUAUCGCCUGUUUUUCACUGGAAUUGCACACGGGACUCUUUGCUUUGUGCUGUAAGGAGAUUUUUAAGAAGCUGGUGGUGGUCGACUCGACUCCAGCUUUCUUUUUUUUUUUUGUUUUCGGUCGUUUUGGUUUGACUUUUCCAACUGCACAAGUGGGGCGACCGGCUCGACAUCGGAACCGUCGCCAGCAGCAGCAGCAGCAGCAGCAGCACAGAGGUGGACGAUUGAAAACAAACUGCGUCGGAAGUUUAUGUGGUGGACCGUCAACCUCAGCUAUCAGGGAAACUUUGGAGAAGUCCAGGAGGUCGUGCCGCUCUUGAUUUAAUGUAGAUAAUGCACUUUAACAGCCGUCCUGUCAUUCUCAAUCGACUAGUGCUUCCUUCUCUGCAAGUGUGUGUGUGUGUGUGUGUGUGAGUGUGAGUGCGAGCGUGUGUGAGUGUGUGUGGGCCCUUGCUAGGAUCCUCACUCUGGGCUCACACCGACCCAUCAAGAAAAAAAACAAAAGACACCAUGAGCACACCCCCCGCCUCUGUCUGCAGUGCAUGCUGGGAUGUUCUUUUGAAAAUUAAAAAUGGCUGAAGGUUUCUGGGCGUCGCCACUUUUUCGUCUUUUUUUUUUUCUUCCAAAAAUAGGCAGCUACACUGCAACUUUUACAAAAGUGUUUAGGUGUUGAAAAUAUUCGCCGGCGCUCCGAGCAGCAGGCGCUUGUAUAUGCAAUCUCAAUGUGACGUGACCAGACCCCCGCCAGGGCGGCGCCAUGACACGGUGGGGAGGGGUCCGGUGGAUGAUGUCGUUGGUUUGUCUAGUGAUGUGUGAGCUCACAGGUGUGCGUGAGAGAGUGUGUGUGUGUGAGAGACAGCUGAGCCAAAGCAUGGACUUUUUCCGGCUACUUCACCCUCUCCUCCUUUUUUUUUUUUCUUUGCCGAAGCGCCCCCUGCUGCACGGGGGCGUUACGUCACCCUGACUGAAGCAGCAUGGACGCCGCUCUUCAGAUUUGAUUUCCUCCAGCUGCUACGUCAUGUGACGGGAGGAGGCCACACAGACCCCCCCCCCCCACGUACAAACUGGACCUACUUUGUUCUGGGACUGCAGCAUGUGCAGAUCUGGUUGAUUCACAUCUGUGUGGACUUUUAUUGUUCGUCCUCAGCCGCCGCCGCCGCCGACUUGAAUCUUUUGUCCAGGUCUCUUGUUUUCCAGAGGUGCGAGGGUGAUCACGGUCAUAUCGGCAGGUUGUCUGUCUGCGGGGGGCGGGGGUGUACAAAACAAGCGCACACAAACACGAGAGGAGCGCGUGUGUUUUCUCGACUGAAUGCGACCCGAUGCACUGUGAGCUCAAUGUGACGUGGGAGUCGUUUGUCGAAUCAUAAACAAAAAUAUCUAAAUAUAUAUAUAUAUUUAAUGUAAAGUUAGUUCCUAUCAAACAUUACUGAGGACAUCUGUAUAACUUAUAUGAAUGUAUUGUCUUGCUAUACUGGACAUAUCCAACCAAUGCAUUUUACUGUAAAGCAAUAAUGUGAAGGAUAAAAAAAUAAAAUGGCAAAAUAGUUCCUGUACGUUUGUCUCCACCACUUCCUGGACUGUUUGUGAAAUACAUGGAUUAAAUGAAGCCAUUUGUACACGUAUCUGCUGGUGGGCUGC